AUGAGGAUCCCCGCCUUUUCUCCCUUCUGCCAGGCUGACUGGGAUUCCUUGCCACAGGAGAAACGUUUGCCAGCCUGGCAUUCCAGUAUCGACUGGGAAGCAGCACUGUAUUCCAGUCGGUACACUUUCUGGAGCAAGUGGAACUUUCCUAACUGCCUGGGGGCCAUCGAUGGGAAGCAUGUGGGGGACUAUGGCAGAUGUAGUGAUGGAGGAGCAUACUCUGACUCAGAUCUAGGAAAGGGCAUGGAAGCAAAAACCCUGGAGGUUCCUGCCGACUGUCCUCUGCCAGGCUCUGACCAACAACACUGCGUUCCGUUCACCAUGGUGGGAGAUGCUGCUUUCCCUCUGAAGAAAUAUUUGAUGAGGCCAUUUCCAGGGAAGCACCUUCCAAGAUGGAGGAGCAUCUUCAUCUACCGACUCUCCAGGGCCAGAAUGGUUGUUGAGUGCGCCUUCGGGAUUUUGGCAGCGAGAUGGAGGGUGCUGUACACCAGAAUAAACAUGAAGCCAGACAAUGUGGACUCAGUUAUCAUGGCUGUGUGUAUUCUCCACAACUACCUCCUCAACCCAUCAGAGAGUCAAAGAUGGUUGGAUGAGGCUGAAGAGCGAGGCGAGCACCUGCAGGAUGCUAGGAACAUGGGGGGAAAUAGAGGAAGCAGAGAAGCUUAUGACGUCAGAGAGAAGCUCUGUGCUUUCUUCAACUCCCCUGAAGGAAGAGUGUCCUGGCAGGACCGCAUGCUGUAGGAAAUUUAACUUUUAUUUGGCACCGUUUCCUCUUUGUUUAUUGUCUGCUUUAAAUAAAAGUUUUUGAAAAACCUCAAA